AUGGUCGAGAAUGAACUAAAAAACCUCACUUUAAAUGGAAACCAAAAACGUAGCAAUUAUAUAUCAUGGGAUGAAUAUUUCAUGUCUAUAGCACUAUUGUCUGCCAUGCGCAGUAAAGACCCUUCAACUCAAGUUGGCGCUUGUAUAGUUAACCAAGAAAAGAAAAUUGUUGGAAUAGGAUAUAAUGGGAUGCCCAACGGUAUUUUGGAUGAUGAUGUCCCUUGGGGAAAAGGAUCAGCAAAUGAACUUGAAAAUAAGUAUCUUUAUGUUUGUCAUGCAGAGUUGAACGCAGUACUGAAUCGUAAUGAGGCUCAUUCUGGAGGUUGUACACUAUUCACGACCAUGUUCCCAUGUAAUGAAUGCGCUAAAGUGAUUAUACAGGCUGGGAUUAAAGAAGUAGUGUAUUAUUCGGAUAAGAAGAAUGGAACAAAAUCGAAUCAAGCAGCUAAAUAUUUAUUUAAUAAAGCUGAUGUCAGCAUAAGAAAAUUCACUCCAACAAACCGAACUAUCAAUAUUAACCUUGAUUAA